UCUUUCUGACGCCAGGAGGAGACAGAGUUAAGUGUAGGCGUCAGAGAAGCCGAGUCUGGGGUUUGCAGGCGGCGGUGGCAGCCUCGGGGGGGCUGGUGUGGUUCGGGUGUCAGGCCGGUCCAGGAUGGACUCCCGAGUGUCAGAACUGUUCGGGGGCUGCUGCCGGCCUGUGGGGAGUGGGAAUGGCGGGGCUUUGCGAGGCCGCGCUGGCAGCGGCUGUGGCUCCGCUGGUGGCGGCGGCGGCACCUCUAAGGGGCGGAAAAAGAACGGGCGACACCGGGGAAGCAAGGCCAACAACCCGCCGUACCUGCCGCCGGAGAGCUGCUAUCAUGGUGGAUGGCUUGUUUUAUCCAAUGAUGCAGAAGAUGGAAACAUAGAAUACAAGCUGAAGCUAGUUAAUCCUUCCCAGUACCGCUUUGAACACCUAGUAACGCAGAUGAAGUGGCGACUACAAGAAGGCCGUGGUGAGGCAGUGUACCAGAUUGGUGUAGAGGACAACGGGCUGCUGGUGGGACUGUCGGAAGAAGAGAUGCGCGCCUCUCUCAAAACACUGCGGCGGAUGGCUGAGAAAGUAGGAGCUGACAUCACUGUGCUGCGUGAAAGAGAAGUGGAUUACGAUAGUGACAUUCCCAGGAAGAUAACGGAGGUUCUUGUCCGAAAGGUCCCGGAUAACCAGCAGUUCCUAGAUCUGCGAGUGGCUGUACUUGGGAAUGUGGAUUCAGGGAAGUCAACUCUGCUGGGUGUCCUGACACAGGGAGAGUUGGAUAAUGGGCGAGGUAGAGCUCGUCUCAACCUCUUCCGGCACCUUCAUGAGAUCCAGUCUGGAAGAACUUCCAGCAUCAGCUUUGAAAUCCUUGGUUUCAACAGCAAAGGAGAGGUAGUGAACUACAGUGACUCACGGACAGCUGAGGAGAUAUGUGAGAGCUCUUCCAAGAUGAUCACCUUCAUUGACUUGGCUGGCCAUCACAAAUACCUGAAAACCACCAUCUUUGGGCUCACAAGCUAUUGCCCAGACUUUGCCAUGCUGGUGGUGAGCGCAAAUACUGGAAUUGCAGGUACAACACGAGAGCAUUUAGGCUUGGCUAUGGCCCUCAAGGUCCCUUUUUUCAUCGUCAUUAGCAAAGUGGACUUGUGCUCAAAAGCCACUGUGGAGCGAACAGUGAAGCAGCUAGAGCGGAUUCUGAAGCAACCCGGCUGUAACAAGCUCCCCUUGCUGGUAACAUCGGAUGAUGAUGCUGUCACAGCAGCACAGCAGUUUGCACAGUCUCCCAACAUCACUCCCAUCUUCACCUUGUCCAGUGUUUCUGGAGAGAACUUGGAUCUCCUGAAAGUUUUCCUCAACAUCCUUCCUCCUCUGACAAACAGCAAAGAGCAGGAGGAGCUGAUGCAACAGCUCACUGAGUUCCAGGUGGAUGAAAUCUAUACUGUACCUGAGGUGGGCACUGUUGUUGGCGGAACGCUAUCAAGUGGGAUAUGUAGAGAGGGAGAGAACCUGGUGGUUGGUCCAACUGACGAUGGCAAGUUCCUCCAGCUGAAAGUGUGCAGUAUUCAGCGAAACCGUUCGGCGUGCCGUGUACUUCGUGCUGGGCAGGCUGCCACGCUGGCUCUUGGACACUUUGACCGCUCACUACUGCGCAAAGGCAUGGUGAUGGUAAGCCCAGAGAUGAACCCCACCAUUUGCUCAGUGUUUGAAGCUGAAAUUGUUCUGCUCUUCCACGCCACAACUUUCCGGAAAGGAUUCCAAGUUACAGCGCAUGUUGGCAAUGUGCGGCAAACAGCAGUGGUGGAGAAGAUCCAUGGAAAGGACAAGCUGCGGACCGGAGAAAAGGCUGUAGUUCGUUUUAGGUUCAUUAAACAUCCUGAAUAUUUGAAGAUAGGAGCCAAGCUUCUAUUCCGUGAAGGAGUUACCAAAGGUAUUGGGCACGUCACCUAUAUCCAAGCUAUCACCACUGAAGAGAAUGGUCUAGAACAGGGACUAAGCUCUGAGCUGGUCAGUUUCUGACUUGCACUGGGUCUGUGGAAUCUCCUGAUAGGGGAAGGGGAAAGCCUCUCCUCGCUGUCCAGAGCUGUUGCUGGCCAGUCCUUUUAUGUGGGUUCAUCUCUUCUGCACUGCAGAAGCCAGAACUGCUUAUUGGAUUGAGCGCCUCUCCUGGAGCAAGUUAAGCAUGUUUGUACAUCACUUGCUGCUUUCAUAUCCCUGCCUUCCUUGGAAUAGACAAGAGAGCAGCUGCACCUCUGCCUCGGCUAGCAACUUCUGGUUUUGUUGACUUUUGUUGGGAAGUUACUUUUGGGUAGAAGGCAAAGCCCUUAGCAUGUUGGACUGUGGCUUGGGGAUUCUGCCAUGUGUGAGGCAGCAAGUGGACCUAACAUCUGCCCAAGGUGCUCAGUCCUGUGUGUGACCUACUGCCUGGUUUUUCAGGCUGUAUCACAGAUGAAGAGCCUUGUCUGGGAGCUGCAGUUGAAAGGUUUGCAUUGCCCACAGUACAGCUCAGGACAUUUCUAAUAACUUUUAAACUGAUAUAUUAUUAUUAUUAUUAUUAUUAUUAUUAUUAUUAUUAUUAUUAUUAUUAUUAUUAUUUUAAUUCAAAGACUUCUCCCAGUCUCUCCUCUCCCACACCUUUUAAUUGUGUGCUAUUUUUUAGCAGCUGAUACCACUGUUCCGUUUAAAAUAAAGACUUGUGGGGGGAGGAAAGAUACAUCUCCCUAACUUAAUUUUUAUCUUGAUGGUAACUGCAGUUACCAUCUCACCCACCCUCAACCAUCACUCAGUUCUUUGUUGGCAAAACUAACAAAGUGUGCUAUAUAUGAGGGGGCUUCCUCAAGCAGAGUUGGCCCAGUAUAACUCUCAAACACCUCUUUGUAUUUUGCUGAUAGAUUGUUUGAGCUUCUCCUGUGUGGUCUGAUGGACUUUGGGGCCAUCAGCAUCUUAGCCUAACUUGUUCCUCAGGAAACCUGCCUUAAUUUCCCUUGGCCAAACCAGUAAAGGCUGUUUGGUCGUCACAGGAAGGUUUCUGAUGCUACUGCAAUUAUUGUGAAUCCUAUUCAGCACUGCGAACUAUAGCAAUUAUUGGUUCCCUUACAGAAGUAACUUCUAUAAGCUAGUAAUCUCGUAUAGUCUGACUGGGGUUAUGGCCCUAGAGUUGGCAAGGGUGUACAACAGUUUCAAGAGUUCUGAGGGAUGUCUUGCCUCAUUUUUAAUGUUCUUGUAGAAAAUCAGAUUUUAAAAGUUGGCAAAUGUUUUACUCAACUGUUUCUGUCUUAUCUUAGCCGCUAGUGUAUUGAAAGCCCAAAUACUCAAGAGCCAACAAGGCCAGUGAAAAGGGUGACCUGUAUUUUAUUCCCAUAAAGCACUCCCCAUUUGCUGUUUCAUCUACAGCUGGUGAAUUAUUCAAAUCUGCCGCUUGAGACUUAACAUAUUACCAUUAAAGCCAUAUAAGCUACACAGAAAGCUUCUGACAAUGAUUGUUUAAAAAGAGUCCCAUGAUCAUUCACCCCCUGGUAAUUAUUCAUUUCAGUAACCCAGUGGACAGUUUCUAGGAAGCAUUAGUGAACUUGUUCUAUCAUGAAGUUUUGCUGCUGAAAUAGGUUCUCUCCCAGCUUCCCCUUAUUAAUCAGUGGAUUGGUUCUGCAUGAGGCAUUUUUGGAUCACUUGUUUCAGAAAAUACAAGGGAACUUGCCUCUAACUCUAAAGUUGUAGCCACACCGGCACUAUUAAGUUUGCCAGGAGGGCUAGUGUGUUCUCUACAACUUACAGGGGUCCUAGAGUUGACUGCAUUGUAAACACAAAUGUUCAAGGUGCUGUUUCCUCUGUUAUAAGACCUGAAAUUUUAUUGUUUUCUUCCCUUGCCUUCUGUUGUGUGAGUGUUCUCAGUGCCAUGCUUUUCAUGUUCACUGUUUGUGGAUUUGUUAAAUUAGGGGAGGUGUUUUCAUCUCUCUAUACACACAUAUAUAUAAUGUACAAAAUAAAUCUGUUUUAUUGAAAGAGUAAAAGCAGUAUUGUAACUUAA